AUGAAAUGCCCCCCAUCCCCACCCAAAAACCCCCCUACAUCCACCAAAUCAAACCCACAGAACCACCACAUCUUCGACCCCUGGAACUCCUCCUCAACCGGCCACCAGUGCGCCGAGAAUCCAUUCUCCGGCACCACCUCCUGGCGUGAUACCCGCUCCGCAAAAUUGAAGCAACAAUUCCGCGGCGAGGACUGUCCCCGCGAUCGUGCCGGCGCACUGGGUGACCAGGACUUUUCGGCAAAAGCGUUUGACGGGACGCGUGGAUCUGUGUCACCGGUUGCGGAAAGUUAUGAAGCUGGAAAUCGAAGUGUGAAUGGGAGUACGGCGAGGGCGGGAGAGUGGCGGUGGGUUUCGGACGAGGAGGCAAAGAGGGCUCAGUUGGGGGUGAGGGAUAUUCGGUGCUUUAUGGGUGUUGGGAAGAGGAAGUCUGGGAAUGGGUUUCAGGUGCAGAUGCAGGGUGUUAAGAAGGCGAAGAAUGUACCUGAACAGAGGAGAGAGAAGGGGGAGUUGCAUGCGACUCCGAGUACGACGAUGGCUAAGCCUACACCUGCGCCUACACCUACGACUGUGACAGCGCCAAAGUCUUCGACCAUCUCUACAAGGCAACCCCCACCAACAUCAAAAUCCAAUCCUGAGCCUGAUCAGCGACAAUCAAACCUAUCCAUCACAAAUCCCUCCUCCUCAACCUCGAAAAUCUUCACCGGCACAACAAUCUACAUCAACGGCUCGACCCUCCCCCAAAUCUCCGACCACAAAUUAAAAUCUCUCCUCGCCGCGCACGGUGCCACUAUCGCCAUCGGCAUGGCCCGCCGAACAGUCUCUCACGUUAUCAUCGGACAACCAGGGACGAUGGGGCAGGGAGCGGGUGGUGGUCUUGCGGCGGGGAAGCUGCAAGGGGAGAUUGAACGGGGUGGGUGGAAGGGGGUUAGGGUUGUUGGUGUUGAUUGGGUUCUCGAGAGUAUCAAGGCGGGUAAACGUCUUGCUGAGUCGAGGUUUGCUGUUUUGAGUGUUGCGCCGAAGGGGCAGAGGAGUGUUGCUGGUAUGUUUGGUGGGAGGUGA